AAGACAUUUUUCGUUGGAAAGUUGUGGUGGUUUUAUUUUUCUGAAAAAUUAAUAAUUUUCUACUAUCAAAAUGAGGUGGAGUGAAGUUGAAACUUUGAAAUUCGUCAAAAUGUAUUUGAGACAUGAGAACUUAUGGAACCCUUCCGACACAAGCUACAAAAUGAAGAUUAAACGAGAGAAGGCGUACAAUGAUAUCAUCACAGAAUUUCAUUCUUCCACCGGAAUUUUGAUGAGCGAAACUGAGUUGAGGAUCAAAAUCAAGAACCUUAGAUCGACGUACACUCAAGAAGUGUCCAAAAUACGCCAACGGUCAAGUCCUGACUUCAUAUACACGCCGACCAUCAAGUGGUUUGCUGAGUGGCAUUCGUGUUUUAGUGCUAUAAAGAAAAGAAUGGAUUCUUUAGAAGAUGAAGCUAACGAGAAGAAAAACUGCAAUUUAACUGACCAGAAACACAAUCCUCUUACUUCACAGUCCAAUGAUUAUUUAUUAUUCUUAAAAGCUGAACCACAGGACUUUUCACUGAGCAUGAGUCAGAAAAUAAAAAAGAAAAGAAAAAGCAAGAAGAAUAGUCCCAACUUCCCAGAGCGGUCACAGCGAGACAAUGUUGAUUUAUGUUCUAGUUCUAAAGAUGAUGAGUUUGAUAUCUAUGGUAAAUAUUUGGCAGCACAGUUAAGGAAUAUGGAUUUUAAUAAAGCUCUAAGAUUACAAUUGGAAAUACAGACGAUUGUGAGUGAAGCUAGAAUGACUGCAUUGUCUGGAACCUGAUGGUAGAGAAAUGUUUGAAUAAACGAGUUAUGUGUAUUGCAUGUCCCCAAAGAAUUUAUUUGGAUUCUGUCUUUCAAGCAAAUGAGUUAGUGACAGUAGUAGCUGAAGAAAAUUAUAUGAAUAUGAGAUGUACCUAUAUUUUUUUACUGAAAGCCCACUGUAAAAUAAUAUUGUGAGAAGGUUGAUAAUAAACUUGUUUUAAGAGUGAA